CUUUCCUGUGGCAAAGCACGCAUGAGCAGCUAGGGCAGAUUUAAGGACUGCUUUCAGAAACAGAUGUUAGACACUGCGCUGUAGCAGCAGUCGUGCUGAAAAAUUUGGAGUGGUUUUAAGUCAACUAAAACUAAGCUCACGCUCCAGUCUAUCAGCUGCCUGCUUUGAGCAUAACUUUACCAGUGAUUACUAGGAAGAUGCAAACAUGACUAGGCUCUCACUCUUGGUUGUGCAGAUUCUGAACACUCCAAAUGCAGAAAUGAUAUGGCAGCUAAUAUCUUAUUGGACAUCACUGGUCACACCCCUGAUUUUUGGUCUGCUUCUGCAGCCACCACUUACAGAGCUUUCCAUCACACAGCCAAACAUUGUCCUGUUGAUGGCUGAUGAUCUCGGCAUAGGGGAUGUAGGUUGCUAUGGGAAUGAUACUAUCAGGACACCAAACAUCGAUGGCCUGGCAAAGGAAGGUGUGAAACUGACCCAACACAUCGCUGCAGCUCCACUUUGCACCCCCAGCAGAGCAGCUUUCCUCACUGGCAGAUAUCCUCUCCGAUCAGGGAUGGAUGCUGUAAACAACUACCGUGUUAUUUUUUGGAAUGGAGGCUCCGGAGGACUUCCUCCAAAUGAAACCACUUUUGCCAAAAUACUGCAGCAGCAAGGCUACAGCACAGGACUAAUAGGGAAGUGGCAUCAAGGUGUUAACUGCGAAUCCCGCAAUGACCAUUGUCAUCACCCUUUAAACCAUGGCUUUGACUAUUUUUAUGGGAUGCCUUUUACGCUAAUAAGUGACUGCCAACCAACGGAAACACCAGAGAUGGACAGAGCUUUUAGAAGGAAACUCUGGCUUUCCACUCAGGUGGUUGGCCUCAUUACACUCACCGCUGCCCUGGGAAGACUGACCGGCUUGAUUUCAGUCCACUGGAAAAUACUGACAUGCCUUGCUGGGUUUAGUCUCCUGUUCUUUGUAUCCUGGUUCUCAAGUUAUGGGUUUGUACGUUACUGGAACUGCAUUAUGAUGAGAAACCACGAAGUUACUGAGCAGCCAAUGGUGACAGACAGGACUACGUCCCUCAUCUUGAGAGAGUCCAUUUCAUUUAUUGAAAGAAAUAAACACAAGCCAUUCCUCCUCUUUCUUUCCUUUUUGCACUCCCACACCCCUCUCCUCACCACAGAGAGGUUUCUUGGGAGGAGCAGCCAUGGCUUAUAUGGAGACAACGUGGAGGAGAUGGACUGGAUGGUGGGCCAGGUUCUAGGUGCUAUUGACAAAGAAGGCUUGAAAAAUACUACGCUAGUUUACUUUGCCUCUGAUCAUGGUGGAUGGCUGGAAAGACAAGAAGGCAAAAGGCAGCUGGGUGGCUGGAAUGGAAUAUACAGAGGUGGAAAAGCUAUGGGAGGCUGGGAAGGAGGAAUCCGUGUCCCAGGGAUAUUCAGGUGGCCAGGAGUGUUACCUGCAGGUGCAGUCAUAGAUGAACCUACAAGCCUUAUGGAUAUUUAUCCUACAGUAGUUCAUCUGGCUGGAGGGGUACUACCCCAGGACAGGGUGAUUGAUGGCCGGGAUCUGAUGCCUUUACUGCAAGGAACAGUUGAGCAUUCAGAGCACGAGUUCCUCUUUCAUUACUGCGGCAUUCACCUACAUGCUGUGCGGUGGCACCAGAAGGACAGUGGAGCCAUCUGGAAGGCUCAUUAUGUGACCCCCAUCUUCCGUCCUCUUGGAGCUGGGGCUUGUUAUGAUAGAGGAUUUUGCCCAUGUUCUGGGGAAGGCGUGACCCAUCAUGACCCUCCAUUGCUGUUUGAUCUCUCGCGAGACCCUUCUGAAGCCAAACCUCUGUUGGCUGACACCGAGCCCCACUUUGACACUGUAAUAGAGAAGAUUGGAAAAGCCAUAGAAGAGCAUAGGAAAACACUGACUCCAGUCCCAGAGCAGCUCUCUGUGUACAAUGUGGUGUGGAAGCCAUGGCUGCAGCCAUGCUGUGGGACAUUCCCAUUUUGUUGGUGUGAUAAGGAAGGUGAUAAUAAACUUGCCAACCUAUAAAGGAAAGAACCAGUUACUUCCUCAAAAGUGUUCUUAAAUCAAGAGUGUUUUCUUUGGGGAUGUUGAUUGGUGGGUUGGUUGGUUGUUUUAAUUGAGCCUCUAUAUGAGAAUCGCUCCUAUAAAUGGCACAGUAUUUGGUAAAUGUGGCUUGAGAUGGGACACUCUCAGGGAGGGAUCAAGACAAAAUGAUCUGAAGAACAUGUUUUAACUUAUAUCUGCUGACAACUGAAUGAACAGUUCAAAUGCACUGAAGCAGGCCAAGAUCAGAGUGUACAAAUAAUGAUGUAACAUGUUUUGUUGUUUAUGAAUGUAUACUUAGAAGCUUCACUUUGGUUUUUUGUUCUAAGGAAUUUCUAAGUGAUUCCUGAACUGAGGUCUCCCUUAAUUUUGUUAUCCUUACUGGUGAUGCAUAAGAUGCCCCUAUAAUAAUUUUUUGCAGACUACUGCUUCCAAAAUAAUUCAAAAACAGUUCUGACCACAGUUUUUCACAGAAUCACCUUUAAAGGUAACUUCCUUCUUUCCUUGUAGCUAGCCCUUCCAGCACCAGUGAUGGUGGCAGCUGAUCAGUCUGGGGCUUCUAGAUCAGGAGAAAUUGCCUGGGUGAGGCAUAAAGCUCGGAAACAUGACAAGCUGGGUAACGGCUCUCUUCACUUUCUGGUAAGGGUGGGACUCCCCUGACUGGAGUCAGUCUCUUUUGACGGAGAACACAAAAGGGAAAGGAUUUUCCGUUUCCAAAGUUCCCAUUGCACCCAGCUCCCUAAGCAGCCCUUGCAAGGUCAUAGUGGCCUUGAUGGCCACAGAAGUGCCACACUGAUAGCAACUUCAGUCAUUUAGGCACAGGACUGCAUGUUACCUUGCUGCCCAUAUCUCAGUCAUAAACUGGUUCCUGCUAAAAAGUAAUAGGACUCUUUGAAAGAUGCCCAACAAUAAUUAUGAAAACAAACAAACACUAAUUUUCUAUGAAAAAAAGACAUGCACAAUUAAGGUAUUUCUUGAUUCACAAGUUAACAUUUUCGUUCCACCAAGCAGCUAGAGUUACUUAGAUUUAUCUCAUUGCUGCUGUUCUUCCUUUUGCCUCAGUUCUUUCCUACUUUGUGCUGUAAUAGUUGUUCCUGUUAAAGUGGCCUUGCAGGCAAUGCCUUUCAUUGUAGGGUAUAAGAUAUAUUUCUUCACAUAAACAAAUUUACACUGAUAUAUCUGAAUAAGUAGGCAUCUGAAGACACUGUUUGCCCAUUUGCUUUAUUUCACGUUUUUACUAGGUUUCUAACUGUUAUGCUAGGACCUGUUUCUAUUGUUCAUCUCUUUUGCUAAAUGUUUGGUUUAUUUUGGUUUUAUUUCCUCCCUUCUUUCCCACAAUUCAGCCACCAGGAAAUCUGCAGGUAAACAAAGCCUUACAGCUUAAAAGAAAGUUUUAUUUUGUGCUGUGACUUCAGGUAUUUCACAGACGGUUAUAAUUCACCCAGAUGUUUCAUCAGUGCUAUUGAUGAGAAAGGCACUCAGCCUUAUUGUGAAAACUUUCACCAUACUGUUACAGCCUGAUGGUGCACCUCGCUUUGCAUUUACAGUACCAGCAAUUAAUCAUCGGGAACCCUCAACGCGUUUUCACUGGACUGUGUUGCCACAGGGCGUGUUAAACAGCCCCACCAUGUGUUAAAUGUCUGCAGCAAAGCCUCAGUCCUAUGCGCAAAAUGUACCGGCAGGUUUUGAUCUACCACUAUAUGGAUGACAUUUUAGUAUCGGCAUCGGCAUCCUCAUUGGUCACUCAGGCUGUGAUGGACCUAAGAUGAUCAUUAAGCAGCGCCGACCUCUGUACAGCAGAGGAAAAGGUCCAAACUCAAGUGCCAUGGAAAUAUCUCUGAUGGAAAAUUGUUGUGACAGCUAUUCUUCCUUAACCUUUACACCUUGCUACAAAUGUCAGAACACUCAAUGACCUGCAAAAGUUACCAGGUGCUAUCAAUUGGGUGCAACCAUAUCUGGGAAUAACUACAUGAGACCUGGGACUUUUUCUUACCCUGUUAAAAGGAGACUCUAAUUUGUUGUCGCCAUGUACACUCACCUUUGAGGCAGAAAGGCUUUGCAAACCAUAACUACCAACAUACAGGAGCAUCAGAGUCAUCAUAUACUAACUUUGCCUGUUUUGUUGGUUUUGAUUUGUAAUGCAUUUCAGCCUUAUGCUCUUGUUUCAAUGGACACCAGGAUCCACUGAGAAUUUUGGAGCAGAUCUUUUUGCCUCACUCUUUUUCCAAAACAUUGACAACUCUUAUUGACAUGUUGGUGCUCCUCAUUCAAAAGGAUUGACAUCAUCUGUAGGAAUUUAUGGCCAGGGACCCAGCCACCAUUUUAUGCCUUUGGCCAAACAGGACGUUGAUUUUUGAGUUAAGAAAGCCUCUCACUACAGUCUGCUUUGGCUGACUUUAGUGGAACCAUUGCCUUUUCUAUUCCUUGGCAUAAAUUGCUUCACCCUUUAACUGAUUUACCCUUACAAUUGAAAUUGCAUAUUUUUCAUGUACCUAUCCCAAAUGCCCUGACUGUUUUUAUCAAUGGCUCAGGGCCUUCAGGAAAAGCUGUGUUGUGUCAUGGAAAAAUGAGCGAGGGUACUGGGACUCAGACAUCACCUUUGUUACUGGCUCUACACAAAUAGUGGCAUUAUCUGCAGCUGUUUGUGCCUUUACAUUGUUCAAACAAUCUUUAAACUUAUUUGCAGAUUCUUUAUAUGUUGUAGGAAUAGUGCAUGUAUUACAACAUUCAUUUUUAAAAACAGUUUCUAACCAACAGUUA